GGAAGUUUCUUGGUAGCCCUUGGAUAUGUGUGGUUUCUCUCCUGGAUCCAACAAUACCUAAUUGAUGAGAGUGAUCUAUAUAAUGUACCUCGUCAUCAUCUCUAUUUCUUGGCCAUUCUUAAAGCCUUGUGCUUCUUCUGUCUGCUACUAGUAGCAAACCUGUCCUGCAAGUACUCAGAGAAGAAGGACAAGCAAUGGGAGGAGGCAACGGUCAGAAGUCCAAGAUGGCUCGCCAGAGGAACAUGGAGAAGCAAAAAGCUGCUGCCAAAGGAAGCCAGCUUGAGUCAAACAAGAAAUCAAUGACAAUACAGUGCAAGGUGUGCAUGCAGGUUUUUAUUUGCACCACGUCUGAGGUGAAGUGCAGGGAGCAUGCAGAAGCAAAACAUCCCAAAUCUGAUGUUUAUACAUGUUUCCCUCACCUUCAGAAAUGAGAAAAACAAUCCUAAAUGAGAAGGACCUGUAGAAAAGUGUUUGAAGCUUCAUCUCUCGAAUCUUCUUCUGCAUAGUCCUUCCUAGACUCUUGGAUUUUAAUUAGCUAAAGCUUUUCUCGAAUAUGUAAUAAAUGUGCACGUUUGUUAAAUCGAAGAUUGUAUUUGAAACUUGAACAUGGAUCAGCAUAAUCCAGAAUCUAAAAUACGCAAACAAAGCAAAAAGAAUUCGAGACAAA